UUUUUUCAUUUUCCACUUUUUUCUUCCAGUCCGGAGAAAGAACGGAGCUAGCUGCGAUUUGUUUUUGGGUUGUUCUUUCUACUUUUUUUUUCUACUUCACUUUUUUCUCCCAUUCCCGAGACAUGCUUUCCCAGCGGCAGUGGUGAGAUGGACGAUAAAUCAAGGCAGGUUUUUGGCGCUCUGGUGGCUGCUCCUUGCCGCUGUAGGCCAAUGGCAUGGCCAGUCCAGGCUCCAACUCUGGUCCAGGCGGGUCAAAGCGGGAAGGCAACGUCCUUGGCGAACAAGGGAAGGGAAUGAGAACCUUUGUUCUUUUCUUCCAGUUGUCGAUAUUGAGGAUCUGCCACCUCCACCCCGCCCUCACUGGCUUCAGUUCAAGUUGUGAUUUCGAUUUAGGUCCGCCGCCCAGGUAAAACGUUAUCAGGCACGCUGCUCUGGCCAUGACCGGUAACGACGGACAGCCGUAGAGAAGAGAUCUUCAGUUCACAAGCCGAGGAAGUGAGAAGACAAAGUAACAUGGAGAUACCCGAGACGAGAGAGAAAAGAAUCCUGAUCGUCGGGGCAGGCUGCAGCGGUCUGGCCGCCAUCAAAUGCUGCCUUGACGAGGGGCUCACCCCUGUGUGUUUGGAGAAAUCUUCGGACAUCGGCGGGUUAUGGAACUUUUCCCAAAACCCCACCCAGGACGCAGCGAGCAUUUACAACAGUCUGGUCAUCAACACCAGCAAAGACAUGAUGAUGUUCAGCGACUUUCCGCCCCCGGAUGACUUCCCUUUGUUUCUAACCCACAAGAAAGUCUUGGAGUACUUCAAACUGUACACGGAAAAUUUUGAUCUUCUGAGGUAUAUCACGUUCAACACAGAAGUUCGGAAUAUUGCGAAGUCUCCCUGCUACGAUGAAACUGGAAGAUGGCAAGUGAGGUAUGCUGUCAAAGUGGAGGCGACGGCGGCGUCGACUCGUGGUGGGAAGACAGGAGAGGAACGUGACGUCAACACUGAGACUGGUGACGUAAACAAGGAGACAAUUGACGACAACACGGAAACCAGUGACGUAAACACUGAAACCGUUGACGUUUUUGACGGAGUUAUGAUCUGUAGCGGGCACCACUCUGUCCCGCACGUGCCAGACAUCCCCGGACUGUCGCAGUUUGAGGGCACGGUUCUUCACUCACGUUCUUACAAAGACGCUACGCCUUUUGCCGGACAGAGGGUCGUCAUACUGGGCAUGGGCAACUCUGCCGUGGACAUUGCGUGUGACCUGGCCCGUUCCGCGUCACAGGUGUAUCUGAGCUCCCGCCGCGGCGCCUGGAUCGUGCCAAGGACAGCGUUCUGGGGUCUGCCCGCGGACAUGUUGGCCAACAGUCGCGUGGUGUUCACCAUGCCGCUCAGGCUGCUAGACUGGUGCGUCCAGAAACAGGCCAACUUCCGGAUUGACCACGACACGUACGGCCUCAGGCCCGAUCACGGUGUGCUCAACUGUCAUCCAACCAUCAACGAUGAACUGCCAGUUCAUUUGGUGAGUGGGCGUGUCCAGGCCAGGCCACGCCUCUUCCGGGUGGAGCAAGACGGCGUCUGGUUCGACGACGAGACGUUCUGUCAGUGCGACGUCAUCAUCAUGGCCACCGGCUACGACUAUCGGGCGGACUUCGUGAAUCCAGAAAUCUUCAAGAUCGAAAACAACUGUGCGAACCUGUACAAGUAUAUGUUCCCGGCUAACCUCCCGAAGCCCACCUUAGCCGUGAUAGGACUCAUCCAGGCCAUCGGAGCUGUGAUGCCGAUCUCAGAGAUACAGAGCAGAUGGUUCGCUCAAUUGUUCACAGGGCAGGUAAAAUUCCCAGAACCGUCGGAAGUGUUGAAAGAUAUUGCCGACAAAACAAAGGCAAUGGCUGAUCUCUACGUGAAAUCCCGGCGACAUACUAUGCAGACCUUCUGGAUUGACUACAUGGACCAGAUCGCCUCCAAGAUAGGCGCCCGCCCUUACCUCUGGAAGAUGAUGUUCUCUGACCCAGAGUUGGCGCUCAAGUGUUACCUGGGUCCUUGCCUACCAGCACAGUACCGCCUGCAAGGCCCCGGGGUUUGGUCUGGAGCAAGGGCCUUUAUCGUCAGUGCCUUGUCCCGAGCCACGGCGGCCAAGUACGCUGGACAUGUAAAAACGCCUGUGCUCGUUUCUGGGGGCCCGUCAUCUCGCCAGUUCGCCUCUCACAAAGCAAGACUCAAGAGUUCAAAGGGCCCGAAUGGAAAAGCGCCAAGUCUACCUCCGGAACCGGGAAAUCCCGGAGAUGACGUCACGACCGGCACUUCCGGAGCGGAAUGUGUAGGUGCACAAGCAGAUGACGUGUCAAAUGGAAUAAAGAGAGGAGAAGGAAGUGCGGAUAGCGAGGGUCGGAAUGGAAAACUUGCGGGGGAUAGUCGGUCACGUGACUACGAGAUAUCUGAAGGUCAGGGUCGAUUUGAAGAGGAUAGACGAUGGGCCAGAUGGUCUCCUGAGUGGAUGACCUUCACCUUUUACUUGAUGGUGAUGCUGAUCUGUUGUGUGGCCUGGCUACUCAGUUUUCUGUUCAGUCAGACAGGCAAUCUUAUCUCGCUGUUGGACAGGCAUCUGUUUCUCUCUGAAUGACUCGCAUACACGUCUUUGUCCCUAUGCUGUCUGUGUAUACAAUUAUACCGGGUGCCCAUUGUGGAUGGGAUCGGGUCAGGUUCGCCCGACUCGUCGCCUGAAAACAAACAACUUUGCUAAUUGAUUUUGUUACUGGGUUUUACCUGAUUAACGUUGUUUUAUGUUUUUGGGG